GUUGAAAGGUCCACAAUAGAAUCAAAAGUCCAUGAUGCUGCCACCCAUGAUGCUCAUGCUCAUGCUUCUCCCGUUGAUGACGCUAGCGGCGGUGCAAGUACCGUUACCAUCCUCGCCACCUGGAUUCACCAUCGGCAAAGGGUGUCUUAAUUCCUCCGUCCAGCUGGACGUGUUCAUGGACUUGUUAUGUCCGUUCAGCAAAGAUGCGUUCCGAGGGCUGAAGCGACUCGUGCACCACCUGUCGCCAUCGGACUUUCGCCUUCGCGUGCACCAAUUUCCCCUUCCGUACCACCAGCAAGCGUAUUCCGUGGCACAAGCUAGCGAAACCAUUGUGUUUGCACUGGGGCGGGACUCGUUCGAGACUUGGAUGGACGCAGUCUUCGUGAACCAAGACAGCUUUGGCAACAAAGCGACGGAACUCGCUGGUCAAGCCGCAGUCACGGACCAGCUCGCCCAACUAGCCUACGACACGUUUCCGAACUUGACCAUAGCACAGUGGACGGACGGCAUGUCUGGCUACGGUGGCACCGAACGCGACGCGGACACUCGCGUGGCGUGGAAGUACGCAUGCUCCAGAGGCAUCACAGGAACACCGACGUUUCUCCUGAACGAUGUUGUCGUCGACGAUCCCGACCUGGAUUGGACACUCACGGACUGGCUCGCCUACCUCCAACCAUACCUGCAAGUGGGAAACCGAGCCAAGUCCUCGGAACUGCUUUCGUCGACGGGCUGGUUCGACUGGGGAGUCAUCGUUAUCUCUGUCGUGGGUACCAUGGUCGUGGGCAUUGGCAUGAUUUUUUACAAGCGUCGUAGCCUCUACAAUCGCAUUUAAGAGCCAUUCUUGAGCCAACUUGCACUCUAUUUCGUUGUAACGUUGUAUCGAACUGUAUGGAGAUGCUUUGAGCCUACUGUAGGAAUCCAAAAGUUGCAAUAAAUAAAUACUAUCGCUACAAUAUUACAAUCGGUAGACGUG